AACAGGAAGUAGGUCUUGAACUUGUAAACACAAGGGUUUGUGAACAUUUGACAGAUCUUGUUAAUUUUUAAGCAACAUGGAUGUACAUUACCCCUAAAUGAAGAGUUCAUGAGAUAAAGAAAGGAAUUACGUGUACAGUCACAUUAAUUGGAGCUACUGACCGCACAAGAUGCCAGGACGGACAGUAAAGGAUGUCUACAUGGCAACAUCCAUGACGGACCUCAAUAAACUGGUCGACAUUUCCAAACAAAAGCUCGGAAAUAAUCCAAGACUGCUGAUAAAGACGUCGGAUACGAUGCUGAAGGGUGCCGAGGAGUGUGACCUGAUGGGUGACGAGGAGAAGGCCUACGUACUGUUUAUGAGGUUCUUCAACAUCAUCACUGCCGUGAAGAAAAUGCCAGAGUACCGCAAACAGAAGGAUUUUUAUGAUAAACUGAUAGGCCAGAAGAACGUCCUGAAGUGUAUGGACAAAGCUGAGGACCUUUCUAAAAGUCUUAAAAACAGAUAUGACUAUUGUGAGGCGCAGGAAAUUGCCAAAAAACUUUCUACACUAGAUUCUUCUUCUCCUGAGGAAAAGAAAGUCGAUAAAACUUCAGAGAUUGAAGCUGACAAAAAUUCUGACGGCGGAGAGAAGACAAAAACUCAGUCAAAAGAAUCAACUCCAGAUCCUGUAUCAGCGCCACCACCUCAGCCAGAAGGGCAGAUAACUCCGGUCCAGUUGUUUUCCUUGUUGAAAGAAAGUGAUGAACAGAUGGCCAUAAUGGAUGUCCGUCCAGCUGCAGAGUUUGAGGAAUCGCACAUACAGCACCGAACCUGUAUCAAUGUACCGGCUGAGAUUGUAUCACCAGGAACAACAGUGACAGUGAUUGAGAAGACCCUACCUGAAGACUCCCGGUCACUAUGGCAACAGCGAGGUCACUUGGACCACAUUGUGUUGGUUGACUGGUCCUCCACUCUCGACAAGGUUACCAUAGGAACGACCUUGAGGACGCUGAAAGACGCUCUUUUUAAGUACGACUCGACCGUGAUAAUCCGGAGCGAGCCAGUUGUGUUGGAGGGCGGAUACGAUCAGUGGUUAUAUCACUACCCUCAACUGACCACGAACCCGCAUAUCAAACACUCGUCAGUGUCCACAAUAACCUCCGCACCCUCAUUGGAUUUUGACUACCCUGAUGAUAUCAAUGUGGAGGACAUACUAAAUCCCAAAAAAACACCUGCACCAGAAAAAUCAACAGACCUAUCAGAUUCUUUGUUACAAUUUGCUCAAGGAAUGACAGACCAAUCAGGACCCAUGAAUCGGUUGACUCAAGUUAAUGGUGACAUUGGCGGAGUUAUGCCCAGAAUUGACCGGUCCACCAAGCCAAGGAUUGGAACCAAUCAGAAUACAACACAGGACAGACCAAUAACAUUCGUUACGGGCUCCGAUUUGUACCCGUCUGUGUCUAGGUCGUUAAAUGGGUCAGAAAGGUCAAAUACUAUACCAGAAUCGAAAGGACUAAGUACAGAUGAUGCAGUUAGUCUAGAGACUAAAUCAAACUCAGCUUUGUCCAAAUAUUCUGAGGAACUAGAAAAAGAAAAAUCUGAGUUGGAAAGAAUUCGUCAGCAGAAAGCUGAAGAAUUGGCAAGUUUUCAGAAAGAGAAAGAGAGAAUUGCUAAAGAAAGAGAAAGCAGGAUUGAAAGAAUGAAAUCUGAAGAAGAUCAGCUUUCAAAAAUGGAGCAAAUGAAAGCAGUCCAGGCAAAAGAUCUGGCAGAUCUGCUGAGGAAGAAAAAGAAACUAGAAGAGGAUAUCAAAAGGGAGACAACUGCAGGAAUCCAGGAUGAGAAGAGGAAGUACCAAGAAGAGGAGGCAAGGAAGGUGGAGUUGAUCCGUGUGCGACAGGAGGAAGAAGAAAAAAAACGUCGCAUGGAGGAAGUGAUGAGGCUACGGGAGGAGAGAAAGAGGAAGGAAACAGACGGACAGGAUGCAGUGAACAGUGCUCAAAACCAGGCAAAGCAGAUCGAAGAGGAGAACAAACAAAAACUGAGAGAGGCGUCGGAGAGGGCAGAGAAACUCCGACAGGAAAAGGAAAGGAAGAAAUUAGCUGAUUCAAAAGAUAAAGAAGAAAGGGAGAAAGCAGCAGAAGCGGCCAGACAACGGGACCAGGAACGACGUGAGCGUGAGGCUCAGGCACAGAUAGAUGCUCAAAGGAGGCAACAAGAGGAACUGAAAAGACAGAAAGAAGACAGGGACAAACAAGAAAUAUACAGACAAGACAAAGAAAGGGAAGAGAGGGAGAGAAAGCUUCAAGAUGAAAAGUCACGAGCAGACUUGGCCCUUCGACUCGCUCAGGAUAAAAUGAAGCAACUAAAUGAUAAACCUCAGGUGAGAACGAUUCCCUCGCCAAACCUGCCAGAGGGUUGGGAGAAGAAGCGAGAUAACAAGACUGGUCGCUACUUUUACGUGGAUCACAAGAACAGUCUCACUCAGUGGGAACCUCCUUUUGUUUAUCAACCAGAUUUAAGAAAAGACUCUGGCAUACAAGACCCACUGAGAACUCCACAAAGGGGCAUGUAUAAAACUAAGCUGAAGGACGAGUCUGAACAGGGAAGAUCUGGGGGGCUCAAACGGUCCUUCUCCUCACCUGAUAUCACCAAACUGAUGGAGGAGGAGACUCUGCGUAAACCUGACCUGCCCUCUGUUGACAGGUCCAAAAAACCUACUCCAAGGGUUGAGCCCCGCCCACAGCCUGCCAGUACACGCCCACGAAACCUGAACCCUACAUACGGCAACGUGGGCUCAGCACUGACUGGAUUAAGAAACCUUGGGAAUACCUGUUACAUGAACUCCAUCAUACAAUGCUUAGAUAACUGUGCUCCUCUGGUCCAGUACUUCCUGACUGACCGUUACCUGUACGACAUCAACAGGGACGGUGGACCUGACAGUUACGGGUACCAGGUUGUAGACGAGUUUGUGGUCAUUGUGAAGGCGCUAUGGAGUGGCCAGUAUAGAAACAUCACACCUCGUGACUUCAAGUACAUUGUUGGGAAGUACCAGCCGAUGUUUGCCGGAUGCGACCAACAGGAUUCACAGGAAUUUCUCACAUUUGUCCUGGACGGGCUCAAUGAAGGACUCAACAAAGUGAAGGAAAAACCAAAACUACCAGACACGGACAAUGACAAGUUACCAGAAAUUCAGGCAGCAGCCGUAGCCUGGCGCCGUCAUUGUUUGAUGUAUCAGUCCAUCAUAGUCGACCUGUUCCAGGGAAUGUUACGGUCCACAUUGACAUGCCUUACCUGUAAACACAAGUCGGUGACCUUUGAAGUGUUUAUGUACCUGUCCCUGCCGAUUCCCUCGGGAUCUCGCUGUAGUCUCCAGGAUUGCCUGCAGGAGUUCCUGAAGGUUGAGAAAAUGACGGGCAGUUCUCGUUGGAAGUGUCCGAACUGUCGGGUCCAGCGAGAUACAGAGAAGAAAAUAGACAUAUGGAAACUUCCUCCCCUUCUUAUCAUAGCUCUGAACAGAUUUGUGUGGGAGGGUAUGUGGCGACAGAAAAUCAACUCUUAUGUGGACUUCCCUGUCAACGAUCUGAGCCUUGAAAAGUUUACACGAGGACCAGGGACAAACCCUCACUACCAGCUGUAUGGUGUGUCUAAUCACUAUGGAACAAUGGAUGGUGGUCAUUACACUGCCUACUGUAAGAAUGCUGUGUCCAAGAAGUGGUACAAGUUUGAUGACCAUGAGGUGUUUGACAUGUCCAGUUCAGAGGUCAAGACUUCUGCUGGAUUUGUGCUGUUCUACACAACGAUGAACUUCACAGCUCCUACGUAUCGCCAACCAUUUUGACGAAAUCUUUACAAUCAUCGCUGAUGACAUCAUCACUUGUCAACAAGACCCAGUGUUAUAGGAACAAUCUUGUUGAUGACGUCAUCACUUGUCAUCAAGACCCAGUGUAAUAGGAACGUCAGUAAUCUGGACUCUUUUGUUAUUUAAAUCAACCAAUUCUAACAUUAAUAUAUAAAAUACUGUAUAAUCGGGUUAUUUACGCAGGCGUAAAUUAUUCGCGAUUUGACCCAAAAUUUGUAAAUUAAAGUUGACACAGAUUAUAAUUUCACGAUCUAGAUGUGUGAAGGAACUGAAUUUUUGCAGUGUUUUAGCACAGAGACGGAGCGCUCGGCAUAUAAAGUGUUUUAGCACAGAGACUGUGCGCUCGGCAUAUAAAGUGUUUUAGCACAGAGACGGAGUGCUCGGCAUAUAAAAUGUUUUAGCAUAGAGAUGAUGCGCUCGGCAUAUAAAGUGUUUUGGCACAGAGACAGAGCACUUGGCAUAUGAAGUGUUUUAGCACAGAGAUGGAGCGCUCAGCAUAUAAAGUGUUUUGGCACAGAGACAGAGCACUCAGCAUAUAAAGUGUUUUAGCACAGAGAUGGAGCGCUCAGCAUAUAAAGUGUUUUAGCACAGAGAUGGAGCGCUCAGCAUAUAAAGUGUUUUAGCACAGAGACGGAGCACUCGGCAUAUUAAGUGUUUUAGCACAGAGAUGGAGCGCUCAGCAUAUAAAGUGUUUUGGCACAGAGACAGAGCACUCGGCAUAUAAAAUGUUCAGGUUAUUUUAGGUAACUGUAAAAGGUACCAACAGGUACAACUAAAAUUAUUACUACUGUCACUAUUGCUAAGUAUUUAUUUAAGUCCUUUUCAAAACAAGUAUUCCAUAAAAAAUAUCAGAUGUGAUUCUUUUCACAGCAUUACUGUAUACCUGGAAACUUUCACUCUUUUCCAAUAAAAUCCAUUUUGCUCAUUGUUAAUUUCGCCAUUCACAUGUAAUUACUAUAUAUAACAUGUCGUGUAUUAAAAUUUGCUGUCAUGAUAUAUUCGCCCUCGUUGUGAAGGGUGAAAAAGGCGAAAGUAAACAGUAGCUAUUUCAAAGUUGAAUAUUUUAAAAAAGAGAAAUAAACAAAAGAAAGAAAAAAGAAAAACUGCAGGGGUCAUUCUCAGGACCUUUACAUUGCAAAGGCUAUUCUUUUCCAUUGUUGUCGUCCAGGUAGGUAUCAGAAGCUAUCAGUUGCAAAGUCUAUGAAAAUAAAAACAAACAUUGAAAAAUGCAUUGCUUGACAGGGGAAGUUACUCUAACAUACAAAAAGUAUUUUGGUUGCUUCAUCUUCUAUAUAUAAGGGAGAUUACUCCCAAAUCAAAAAUCUCCUAUAAGAACUCUUCUUCAUGAUUAUAACUGAUGCAUUGGUACCUUUUACCUUAAUGGGAUCAGCCAGAACAUUUCAUUCACUAUCGUUUAUUUCAUAUAGAAUAUUUGACUAGUGGUAGGUAUGAAAUGUACGAUGUGAUGUUGAUUUGUGCGCGACCUACUGAGUAACUACAAUGUAAGUUUGAUAUAAAGAACAUUGUUAAUGUAAAUUUGAGUCCUGUAUUUAGUAAUUUAAUAUGUGAUAAGCGGUGGCCAAAUGGUUAAGGUAUCUGACUGUCUAGGAUCACUAGCCCUCUACUUCUGGGUUGCGGAUUCAAGGCCCGACUAACUACAUGUAGGAGUUGCCAGGUACUGGCCGUAAGUCGGUGGUUUUUCUCCAGCUACUUUACUUAGUUUCUUCCAUUUAAAAGCAUUGCUACUUCAGAAUUUCCUUAAAAUCAUUUCUAAUUUAAGAAUAUAAGACACAGAAUUAAAUUACAUUAAGGAACGUUCAUGAAAAAUAGGCCUUGAAUAUUUAUUGAGCUUUGCUCAGUGUUGUUAAAUCUUGUUGUCAUUUGUUAUUAAUCAUUAAUCAAGAUAUAUGUAUUAUGUUUUUACACACCCCAACCCUU